AUGCGCGGCUUCCUCCGCCACGCCGAGUCGCGAACCCCGCGGGCCUUCGUCCAACUCCUCGCCGCCCAGCCGCCGCGCCCCUCCGCCGCCGACCAGUGCCAUGCCGCCGCCACCAAACUCGGUUUCUCCGCCUCCAACCCCUUCGCCAACACCGCGCUCCUCGCCUUCUACUGCCGAUCCCGCCGCCUCCGUGAGGCACAGCACCUGUUCGACCAAAUGCCCCUAAGGACCGCCGUCACCUGGAACACGCUCAUCUACGGCCACGCGCAGUCGACCGCGCCCGACCUCGCCGUCGCGGCCUUCGCGCGCAUGGUGCGCGCCGGCGUCUCCCCCACCGCGUCGUCCGUGUCCAGCGUCCUGGUCGCCUGCGUCAGGCUGGAGAAUGCCGGUGCUGGAGCAAUGCUGCACUCCGUUGGCCUCAGGUGUGGCUUCUUUGCUUCUGUCGUCGUCGGCACUGCCUUGGUGGACAUGUACGCCAAAUGCCGUCGUUUGGGCGCGGCGCAGCAGGUGUUUGGGGAGAUGGAAGAGAAGAACGUGGCCACUUUCACGGCGCUCGUGACAGGGUUCGUUCUAAGCAGAAGGCCUCAUGACGCCGUGCUGUUGGUCAGGGAGAUGGAACGCUCUGGUGUGGCACCAAACUUGAUGACGUACAGCAGCCUUCUCAGCUCAUUCGCGAGCCCGGAGGACAUAGAUCAUGGGAAGCAAGUUCAUUGCGCAGUGCUUAAGAAGGGCUUGGAGCACGAUCCGUUUGUUCUGUCUGCUCUUGUGACAAUGUACUCCAAGUGCGGCAUUUGGGAAGAUUUUGUCAAGGUGCAGAUGUCUGUUUCAUGUCAAGAUCAGGUAUCAUUCAAUUCCGUCAUUUCUGGGCUCUCCUGUCUGGGAAGAGGUAAAGAGGCGUUUCAACACUUCUUGGAAAUGAGAAGGCACGGCACUGAUAUGGAUGUGUUCACCUUUGCCAGCAUAUUGAAGGCUAUAGGUAGCUCAUCCUCGUUGCUAGAGGGUAGGCAGGUUCAUACUCUUAUUCUGAAGAUUGGAUAUGAUUCUGUUGUGGAUGUCCAGAACAGCCUGAUUUCCAUGUAUGCCAGACAUGGUGCAAUAGGGGAAUCCAAUGGCGUUUUCAUUUCAAUGGAAGCACCCAAUUUGGUUUCUUGGAAUUCACUAAUGUCGGGAUGUGCUCAACAUGGCCAUGGAAAGGAGGUAGUUGAGAUGUUUGAACAAAUGAGGAGGCUACAUGUUCAGCCAGACCACAUAACCUUCUUGUCAGUCCUCACAGCUUGCAGCCAUGUUGGCUUGGUAGAUAAAGGGCUCGAGUAUUUCAACUUGAUGAAAGAUAAAGGGUAUCUUGUGGGAGCAAGGACAAAACACUAUGCUUGUAUGGUUGAUCUUCUUGGUCGAGCAGGCUAUCUCAAUGAAGCUGAAUACUUGAUUAAUGGCAUGCCUAUAAAACCUGGUGCAUCAGUAUACAGAGCUCUGCUCAGUGCCUGCCAGAUUCAUGGGAACCUUGAGAUUGCAAUCCGAGUGUCCAAGCGUCUAAUGGAGCUAAAUCCUCAUGACUCAUCUGUUCAUGUUCAGUUAUCAAAUGCCUUUGCUGGUGAUGGCCGUUGGGGUAAUGCUGCUGAGAUCAGGGAGACCAUGUCAGGUAAAGGAAUAGUGAAGGAGCCAUCUUGGAGUCGUAUUGAGGACCAGAUGCAACAUAGAUAA